AUGCCCCAACUCUCCGGGGGAGGUGGCGGCGGCGGGGGGGACCCGGAACUCUGCGCCACGGACGAGAUGAUCCCCUUCAAGGACGAGGGCGAUCCCCAGAAGGAGAAGAUCUUCGCCGAGAUUAGUCACCCCGAAGAGGAAGGUGACUUAGCCGACAUCAAGUCCUCCUUAGUUAAUGAGUCUGAAAUCAUCCCGGCCAGCAACGGACACGAGGUGGCCAGACAAGCACAAACCUCCCAGGAGUCCUACCACGACAAGGCCAGAGAACAUCCUGAUGACGGAAAGCAUCCAGAUGGAGGCCUGUACAAUAAGGGACCCUCCUACUCGAGUUAUUCUGGGUACAUAAUGAUGCCAAAUAUGAAUAACGACCCAUACAUGUCAAAUGGAUCUCUUUCUCCACCCAUCCCGAGAACAUCAAAUAAAGUUCCCGUGGUGCAGCCAUCCCACGCAGUCCAUCCUCUCACCCCCCUCAUCACUUACAGCGAUGAGCACUUUUCUCCAGGAUCACACCCAUCACACAUCCCAUCAGAUGUCAACUCCAAACAAGGCAUGUCCAGACAUCCUCCGGCCCCUGAUAUCCCUACCUUUUAUCCCCUGUCUCCGGGUGGUGUUGGACAGAUCACCCCACCUUUAGGCUGGCAAGGUCAGCCUGUAUAUCCCAUCACGGGUGGAUUCAGGCAACCCUACCCAUCCUCACUGUCAGUCGACACUUCCAUGUCCAGGUUUUCCCAUCAUAUGAUUCCUGGUCCUCCUGGUCCCCACACAACUGGCAUCCCUCAUCCAGCUAUUGUAACACCUCAGGUCAAGCAGGAACAUCCCCACACUGACAGUGACCUAAUGCACGUGAAGCCUCAGCAUGAACAGAGAAAGGAGCAGGAGCCAAAAAGACCUCACAUUAAGAAGCCUCUGAAUGCUUUUAUGUUAUACAUGAAAGAAAUGAGAGCAAAUGUCGUAGCUGAGUGUACUCUCAAGGAAAGUGCAGCUAUCAACCAGAUUCUAGGCAGAAGGUGGCAUGCCCUCUCCCGUGAAGAGCAGGCUAAAUAUUAUGAAUUAGCUCGGAAAGAAAGACAGCUACAUAUGCAGCUUUAUCCAGGCUGGUCUGCAAGAGACAAUUAUGGUAAGAAAAAGAAAAGGAAGAGAGAGAAACUACAGGAAUCAACAUCAGGUACAGGUCCAAGAAUGACAGCUGCCUACAUCUGA